AUGGGCAGAUGCACAUUUACAAACUGUACCAAGCUGCUCGGCAAUUUUUUCGUCCUUUUUGUGUUUUUAGUAGUCUCCUUUAUAUACUCCAACGUAAUCCGACUAUAUCUCCCCUCCCUUCAAGACCGGUCUAAUUUAUGUCUCAAACUGCUCAUAUUCCUCGCAAUUUUCCACAUCAUUAUCUUUAUGUUUCUUUGAAGCUUUUUUAAAGCAAUGCUUACAGACCCAGGAAUGGUUCCUCCUUUAUGAGGCUUUUAUAUGGGAGAUGCAGAAAUAAAAAGAAGAAGAUAUUGCCUAAUGUGCCACGUUUUUAAGCCUGAACGUUGUCAUCACUGCUCUGCAUGUAAUCGCUGUGUGCUUAAUAUGGACCACCACUGCCCAUGGAUUAACAACUGUGUAGGCUUUUUCAACAGAAAAUAUUUUAUCUUGGUAUUAUUUUAUGUAUUGAUUUGUUUAUAUAUGUCAGUAGCUGUGAUGGCAAAGCCUGCUUAUGAUAACGCUCUUUAUAUCGUAAACACAAGAGAUCUGCAUGCUUAUUCAGAAGUAGUUUUAAUAGGCGCAUUUUUAUUUGCUGCAUUAUUGGCAGUUGUGCUUACGCUUUUUGCAAAAUUUCAUAUAAAGCUUAUAUUAGGCAACACAACGACGAUAGAACAGAUGGAUAAGAAAGCAAAUCAGAGGACAGGGCUAUAUGACAAAGGAAGGGAAAGGAACUGAAUUCAGGUUUUUGGGCAAAAUCCUUGGAUAUGGCUACUCCCUAUGACAGGGGUAACAGGAAAACCAAUAGGAGAUGGAGUGAUUUGGAAUAUGGAAAAUAGGUUCAGUGUGGAUGAGGCCCCAUCAAUUGAAGGAAAAGCUUCAAACAUUCCAAAAGCAUCUUCAUCAAUCCCUAUAAAAGAUGAACAAAUAGGUAGCAUCAAGCUCGUUAUGAGCCCACCUCUAAGCAAAGUCAGACAGGACUCACCUCCAGACGAAGGAAUUGAAGUAAAAAUUUCUCCAUCUUAUGAGCCUAGAAGAAAAUUUUUCGAGUCAACAGGCUCUACGUCUUCUAGAGACCAAAAUUUGAGUGACAGAGGCUCCAAAAUAUCUAUUUAA